AUGGGUAGUUUCCCGAGUCAUGCGUUUCCUGGAUCACUCUUCAUUGUUUUAGCAUUAUGGUGGACUGUUAACAUUGUGUAUUACUUUAAUAAAGCGCGAUGGACAGGGCAGACCUUCAUAGCUAGACCCAACUUCAUAGUGUAUCGACAAACUGGCAACGUCAUACCUAUAGAAGCCGUCUGUAAAGUAGCAUUUGCAAUUAUUGGAAUUCUUGGAGAGUUGAUUUGGUCUCUGAAAUAUAAUUUUGGAUUACCUGUUGGAAAUGCACAGCACAUGACGAUGUUUGCUUUCUUUGGGAUUUCUGGCUUAUGUGAUCUAACCGCCCAUUACAAAAGAAGUUAUGUUCCACCAAAUAUUGACUAUGCUGCUCUAAUUAUGGCUUUCCUGGUGGAGGCUCUUUUGUUUCAUUUUCAUUUACAUGGGCGAUCCUCCCUUGACGUCACAAUACAUACCAUUCUUGUUUAUACCAUUCUGUCCAACGCUAUCAUCAUCGGUGUGGAAUUGAGGAUGGUCAACAGUGCUCUGGUCAGUUUGGUCAAGGCAUUGUUACUGCUCGUGCAAGGCACUUGGUUUUGGCAGAUUGGAUUUAUUUUGUACAGUCCGUCACGUUCGCCAUCCAAAUGGCACGCGGAGGAUCAUGAACAUAUAUUGCUAGCAGUGCUGAUAUUUGUUUGGCAUGCGGCGAUUGAUUUAGCUGUUUUGGCAGGAACGGGUGUCAUAGUGACCAUCGUCCAGAGGCGGUUAUUCUACGAAACGAGCGGCUACAGAAUGGUGGAUAUAUCUGAUUCCCAGUACUCCAUGACCAUAUUGACAGGGAAAGAGGAUGUACUGACGGACGAGGCGGACUCAAGCCGGCAAUCUUGAAUUGUGUUGAAGGAAAGGCAGUCCAUUUUACUGUAUAUUGUACAUAGGUUGUUAAUAGGGUGGUCAUUUGUCUAUUGUGUUGAUAUAUACAGAGUGGGUCUGGAAAAAUAUUCUGUUAUCGACAAGCCCCGACAAGCUGGAGCUGCUUACUGAAGAAAAUAACGCUGCAAAUAAUAUAUUUAGAUGUAUUGUCAAUAGCAUGGUGUUUUGUUGUUGGGUCUAUUAAAGCAGGUAUUUGGCUACGGGUGUUUUGUUUGUUCAUAUUCUUUACAUUUUUCCAUAUUUUUGCAAUUGAUGUAUCUUUAUUAAUAAGGUUGCAAUAUUCUUUUCAAUAGGUUCUUUUGUAAUUUUAAAAAAUUGCUUAGAAAUGUUUUUCUCUGUA